GUCCGCGGCCCAGGCCCGCGCGGGGUGUGCGUCGGCGUCGCUGCCGGCGGAAGCAUUCUGGGUAACGGCCCCGGCAGGCUGGGGCUGCAGGCUCCGCGCAGCAGGUUCCACUCACGCCAAGUCCGUUGGCAGUGGCGGUUCUAGGGCUGGGGGCCGCCGGACAUGGAGCAGCCGUGGCCGCCGCCGGGCCCGUGGAGCCUCCCUCGGGCCGAGGGUGAGGCGGAGGAAGAGAGCGACUUGGACGUGUCCCCCAGUUCUCCCCGCUGCCCGCAGCUGGGCGGCGGCGCCCAGAUGUAUAGCCACGGAAUCGAACUGGCUUGCCAAAAGCAGAAAGAGUUUGUCCAGAGCUCUGUGGCGUGCAAAUGGAACCUCGCGGAAGCUCAGCAGAAACUUGGUAGCCUAGCCCUGCACAACUCGGAGUCCUUGGAUCAGGAACAUGCCAAAGCACAAACAGCAGUAUCCGAGCUGAAGCAGCGUGAAGAAGAGUGGCGGCAGAAAGAAGAGGCUCUCGUGCAGAGAGAGAGAAUGUGUCUGUGGAACAUGGAUGCCAUUAGCAAGGAUGUUUUUAAUAAGAGUUUUAUUAAUCAAGAUAAAAGAAAAGAAAUAGAAGAUGAAGAUAAAUCAAAAUCAUUUAUGCAGAAAUAUGAACAAAAAAUCAGACAUUUUGGUAUGUUGAGUCGAUGGGAUGACAGUCAGAGAUUUCUGUCUGACCACCCAUACCUUGUAUGUGAAGAAACUGCUAAAUACCUUAUUUUAUGGUGUUUUCAUCUAGAAGCUGAACAGAAAGGGGCUCUCAUGGAACAAGUAGCACAUCAAGCUGUUGUCAUGCAGUUUAUUAUGGAAAUGGCCAAAAACUGUCAUGUGGACCCCAGAGGGUGUUUUCGUUUAUUUUUCCAGAAAGCCAAAGCAGAGGAAGAAGGUUAUUUUGAAGCAUUCAAAAAUGAACUUGAAGCUUUCAAGUCAAGAGUCAGACUUUAUUCUCAAUCACCAAGUUUUCAACCUAUGACAGUUCAGAAUCAUGUUCCCCAGUCUGCUGUUGGAUCUAUAGGUUCAUUAGAAUCCUUACCGCAAAAUCCAGAUUAUCUUCAGUAUUCUGUCAAUACAGCUCUUUGCAGUUUAAACUCAGUGGUACAUAAAGAAGAUGAUGAAUCCAAAAUGAUGGACACUGUAUGAUUUGGUUAAGACUGCUGAGGCCAAGUGCUAUUUUGUUACAAGAAAGGAAGAGCUUGGCUAUUUUCUUGACACUUUUAUGGGUGCUGCACUUUAUUUUUGUUCAGUUUUGAUGGGAGGGGAAAAAGAGUACUGAAACGUUUUGUAAAAUUUUUUUGUGUGCUGCUAGGUUUUUGGUUUUCUUCUGAAGAGAGGAGAGUGGUACCAUAUGUUGUGGGAAGUCAAACUGGACUUUUUUUUUUUUUUGGCUACUAAAUCUGCCUUUAAUCUUAUUGUUCUCAAUUUUGGAAUCAAAGUAGGAAAUCUGCACAAAUGCAAUGUUUACAAGAACCGGUUGAUUCUAGGAGGCAUCUGCUACAGUCUCUUUUUAUAUGGAUAUGUACAUGUCGUACUCCACAAAAAUAAUUAAAGAUAAAAUGUACUUGUGCCCUGCUAAUUUAGCUGUCAAAUCUGGUGUUUCAUCAUAUUAAAAGCAAUAAAUCAGUAGUGGAUAAUCUACUUUACUAAGUAAGCUGGGUGGUAAACAUUAAAACAAAGUCUCUCCCUUUAAAAUAAUACUACAUUCGUAUUUUCGACACCAUCAGUUAAAUCUUUGAGUAUAAUAUCAUUUUUAUAUAGAUACUGACUUUACCCCAUGUGUUCUCAAAACUGUAUUACUUAGAAGUUUAUUUUAUCCUGUUGACUUCUUAAUAUUAAGGGUUAUAGUAAUAUAAAAAGUGAUAAAGCUAAUCUAGAUUUGUUUAAAUAAGAUAACUUCAAGCUCAUUCUUAAUUUCUUUACUUGAAAUAGUCUGGGAUCUCUCAGGGAGCAAGUUUUAAAAGAAUACUGAUGGCCUCUAAGAACAGACAGGAAGAAUACUCUGACUUGUAAAAUCAUGGUGGUUUGUUUCAUUCUGAUGUAGCCCAAGGACUUAAUUUUUAAAAGGCAGAAGAAAUCUUGAAGACCUCAGUGCCUCGGGCUGCCAACUGCGUACUUGUAAGAAUUUGGUGGCCCUUGUCGGGAAUGAUGGCUUUUACUACAUUUCUGCUCUGUCCUUAGGUCAGUUACCAUGGAAUGUUUUGGGCUUUACUACUUCCUGUGUAACUCCCUUCGGACGUGCCAGGGCGUGUGACGAUUCGUUUUGUUUGGAAGUAGAUGACAGUGCUAACUGUGCUGUCCUGAUUACUGAGGACGAAUCUUCCGCGUGGGGGAAUGCGGGCUCUGGUGGGUCGGGGUGGACUUUGGCUGAGUCCCACUGAGGGCAGAGCACACAUCUGGAAGACGGCUGCCUGGGAUUGGGAGAACACGUCCCAGUUUGAGAAACCAAGUAAUGCUGAGGGACCCACGUGGUGAUCAGACCUGUGACCGUGGCCUCGCUGGCACCUUGCAGUAGCUGAGGUGAUCAGGCGCGCGGCACCCCUAGAAACGGACUGGAAGUACUGAACCACACUCUGUAACAUCCCCAUCUUCCUUGUUUUCAGAAUGAAACUUUUUGUGCUUUUGAUAUAAAUAUAUACUCUAUAAUAAAAUGUUUGACUAAUUUA